GUCCAGCUUGCAGAUUCAUCUUCCCUGGGAGAUUAGCGACUAAUCUCUCCUUCAUCCGCCGUCUUUCUUAUCUGUAUCGGGAGCCAGACUGGAAAUUACUGAGUCCUGCUGGUCCCGGGGUCCAGCCCUGAUUAACGGGUGACCUUCUGCCGCUGGAGGAGGAUUGGCGGCCGCCGCCGAGCUCCCAGUCCUUCUUUCCCUCCCACCGGCCACGGUGGCACGGCCGGGCCGAGGAUUCCCGUCCACAACCGGUGGGAAGAUGCCCGGCAGUGGCCGGGGCGCAGCGGGAGCCACCAGCCGAGAACGACGGCUGCCGGGCUGGCAGCCGCUCUGCCUGGACAUGAGGUGGGUGUCUCCCGCGCCCCGGGGUCUGGGGGGCCGGGAGCUUGGUCCGGAGGGUGACAUCGUCGCAGUGAGGCCGCCGGUCCCGCUGCAGUGGCAGGGGAUGCUCGAGGGGGGCAGAGGCCAGCGCUCCCACCCCAUCCCGUCCCGAUCCCCGCAGGUCGCUGCGCUCCGGUUGCGUUUCCAGGACCGUCACCUCCCAUCGCGUCUCCCCGGGCACCGGCUGGACCAGCCUGUCCCGAGGAGCCCGGCGGUGGGAUCUGCGUCUCUCUCACAGGCUGUCCUUCCUCCGCACCUAGGGGCCAUCCAUUUCUACUCGGAGCUUCUUAGAGAGCCGGCAGCUACCGCCACGGCCCGGAACAACCGCGGACAGUGCCUUAGGGGCUCACCGGAGCUUGCCGGCUGCCGGGGCUGCUUCCCAGCGGAGACGAAUGCCUCCUUCCCCGGCCUUGCAAAGCAAUUACGGCCCUUAAUGGGCUUAGCCAUCUGGAGCCAGCCCGCAGGCACCCGGCACAGCUCCGGAGCGGGGACACGCGUUGCUGGGCACGGGGGGCACCCCCAGACCGCGGCCCCUGGGGAUGCGGAGCGGGGCCGGACCCCCAGGCUGCUUUCCGCGUCCCGAGUAACCCCCGCUUUGUCUCCCCGCGGCAGGACCUCGCAGCCCGCCCGGGGCUGAGCCGCUGCCAUGGUGCUCCCCUACGCCCGCAACAGCGGCGGCGCCGGCGGCUGGCUGCCCCCCGAGGAGCCCCGCGGCCGCAGCAACUCCAUCCCGCCGGCGCAGACCCCCACGGCCAAGCACAUGCUGGCCUACCUGCCCCGGCCGCCCAGCGACACCAGCCGCUACGGCACCUUCCCGCAGAAGCCCGAUCCCCCCGCCGCCGCCGAGGCUCUGGUGGAGGACGGCGGGCAGAAAGCCGCCGGCACUGCCAAGAGAGGCGCCGCGAUGCCAAACUGCCCGUCCGCAGCCCGUCAGAGCGGCCUCGGCCCCGGGGAGCCGCCGCUGCCGCCGAGCCGCGGGAGCCUGGGCGCCCAGCAGCCCCGCGGGCGGCCCUCCUGGUGCCCGCCGCCCGCCCCGGCCGAGCCGGCCGCCCGCCUGUACCCGCUGCACGCCCUGAGCGUGGCCAACAUCCCCAACUCGGCCCGCGGCAAGGGCUCGGCCCGCAGCUCCGCCGUGCCCACGCCGGAGGGGCUGCAGAGCCGGCGCUGCAAGCUGCUGGAGGAGGAGAGCCCCGCGGUGCAGGCGGGCCGGCGGCAGCGGCAGCGCUACGUGACCAAAGUGGGCAAGUGCCAGGUGAAUCUGGGCAACAUCCAGGACAAGAAGAGGUUCCUCUCGGACAUCUUCACCACCAUCGUGGACCUCAAGUACCGCUGGUUCCUCUUCGUCUUCAUGAUGUGCUACGUGGUCACCUGGGUGGUGUUUGGCUCCAUCUACUUCCUGGACGCCUGGCUGCGGGGCGACGUGGGGCACCGGGGCGAUCCCGAGUGGCAGGCGUGCAUCGAGAACGUGGACGGCUUCGUGUCCGCCCUGCUGCUGUCGGUGGAGAGCCAGCGCACCAUCGGCUACGGCACGCGGAUGGUGACGGCCAACUGCGCCGAGGGCGUCAUCCUGCUGAUCGCGCAGUCCAUCGUGGGCUCCAUGAUCGACGCCAUGAUGGUCGGCUGCAUGUUCGUCAAGAUCUCGCGGCCCAAGAAGCGCGCCCAGACCCUCAUCUUCAGCAAGAACUGCGUCAUCUCCCUGCGGGACGAGAAGCUCUGCCUGAUGUUCCGUGUGGGGGACCUGCGGGAAAGCCACAUGGUGGACGCCAAGAUCCGGGCGAAGCUGAUCAAGUCCCGCCAGACGGCCGAGGGGGAGUUCAUCCCCCUGGAGCAGUCGGAGCUGAACCUGGGCUAUGACACGGGCGAGGACCGUCUGUUCCUGGUGGAGCCCCAGAUCAUCUGCCACGUCAUCAACCGUCACAGCCCUUUCUGGGACAUGUCGGCCGAGUCGCUGCGCCGGGAGCAGUUCGAGAUCAUCAUCAUCCUCGAGGGCAUCGUGGAAGCCACAGGCAAGUGCUCUCAGGGAGUCAGGGUGGACGGGGGGGCUCCCUGGGGUCCUGGAGACGCUGGGCAAACCUGGGCCCAGGAGUGGCAUCUGGGCAAGAGGGGCUCGGGGUCAAAGCCGUCCACAGUGGUGGGGCUGGGAGCCCCCCGUGCGCAGCGGGGGCUCCUCGUGGCACCCGGCACAGCUCGGCCCCGUUCCCCCCGCAGGAAUGACGUGCCAAGCCCGCACCUCCUACACGGAGGACGAGAUCCUCUGGGGAUACCGCUUCGAGCCCUGCAUGUCCCUGGAGAAAGGCGCCUUCCAGGUGGACUACAGCCGCUUCGAGAUGACCUUCGAGGUGCAGACGCCCGCGGGCAGCGCCAAGGAGCUGCAGGAGCUGAAGGAGCUGGAGCAGCAGGAGCACUCCACGCUCAGCCUCUACUGGGACCACCUUUUGCAGCCGUGCGCGCUGCCGGGGCCCGGCGAGGACGCGGCUCCGCAGCGGGAGUGCCCUGCCUGAGCCCCCAACAGUGCCAUAGCCCACCCCGCGCGGGGCUGAGCCCCCGCUGCAGCCCCUUCUGCUUGUUGGGUUCUUCUUUUGUGACGGGGAAUGAGAGGCGUACGCAGCGGGAGAGUAAAGGCUGCUCGUGACAAAACCACCCCGGCCGCGUUUAUUCUGGGGGAGCCUCAGGGGGCACGGGAGAGGCAGAGCCCCCCGUGCCACGGGCUCAGUCCUGCAGCGCCUCAUGGAGCCCGACACAGCCCCGUGCCCCCAGCACCCCAAACUGCCCCCACGGCCUCUCUGACAGGGUGUCCCGGGACUCCCCCAGCAGGGAAAUGUCACACGGGCUGGACACGGUGCGGUGGAAUUAAAUUGAUGUUGUUACAGGAAUGACACUGCCGGAGUCACCCGCGGCACUCGGCAGCGCCUGGGCCUGAGCCAGGGGCCCGGACUGAAAAACAUCAAUAAAAUCUGUGUGUGCAGGGUCUGGCUGGGCUGAGGAGCCUCCCUGUGCUCCCCAGUCAGCUGUGCCUCGGGGGCUGCAGAAUAACCCCGCGGAUUUAACCCCUUGGAUUUAACCCCGUGGAUUUAACCCCGUGGA